GGAGGAUAGUGACAUGGAUUGCGAGCGUUUCCGGGUUAGGAGGAAGGAGGAAUGAGCUGUCUGUCAGUGGAGCCUGGCUUGCUGCUAAGGAACGCGUUCCUGAGGGGUUUGUGCCGGGAUUAGACAGAGCGACUCUCCGAGCUGAGCUACGAUGCUGUAGGCUUCUGUACUGUACAGACUGCGCCGGCCUGCUCCCGAGGUACAAUCAUUUCGUAAGCACAGGGCAGCUAUAUAAGCACCGCUGGCAGGCUUCAGGGUAGCCAUCCCUUCCUACGGCUGCAGUAUUAUGGGCUCGGAGAACAGCUCCCUGCGAGGAUUCACUCUCCAAGAUCCUCCCUGGACUCAACCGUCUGGCCUGACCAUAUACCCUGCCCUCCUGGCCGAGGGGCGCCCUGCCUCUGUGUUUGUCUAUCAGCCCGAGAAUCAGGAUAAAGUGGAUAAAGCUGCCAAGCACCUGAAAACACUGCGUCACCCGUGCCUGCUACGCUUCUUGUCUUGUACAGUGGAGCAGGAUGGAAUCUACUUGGUUACAGAACGGGUGCAGCCUCUGGAGAUGCUUCUCGAAAAGUUAUCAACAGAUGAAAUCUGUGCUGGCAUCUAUGAUGUUUUGCAAGCUCUGGUUUUCUUACAUGAUCGGGGUAAAGUGUCCCACAACAAUGUCUGUCUGUCCUCUGUGUUUGUGAGUGAAGAUGGACACUGGAAGCUUGGCGGCAUGGAAAUGGUCUGUAAUCUAACAGAAGUGUCUCCUGAGUCGGCAGAAUUUGGGAUGAUUCCAAUGGCCCUCAGUCAUGCCCGUGAUGCAUUCUCAUUUGGCCAACUGAUUGAAAGCCUCCUGGCCCAAGUAAACGAUCAGAGUGAACCCCUUUGCAGCUUCAAAUCAACCGUGAAAAAUUUUCUUCUGAAUCCAGAGCCAGAACUCCGACCUGCACUGUCCACUUUACUAUCCCAUGAUUUCUUUAGGAAUGAUUUUGUAGAAGUGGUAAACUUUUUGGAAAGCUUAACUGUAAAAACAGAAGAGGAGAAGAAUGAAUUUUUCAAAUUUCUUUUAGACAGAGUAUCAUCUUUGCCAGAGGAACUUAUCUCUUCACGGCUGGUUCCUCUAUUACUGAAUCAGCUGGUGUUUGCAGAACCAGUGGCAGUAAAAAGCUUCCUACCCCAUCUUCUCAGGCCAAAAAGAGAUAUUAUGGGGAGAACCAGAGAAGACUGCCUUCUGUCCCCAGCACUCUUUCAGAGUCGGGUCAUCCCUGUGUUGAUGAAAAUGUUCGAAGUUCAUGAAGAACAUGUGCGGGUGGUUUUGCUGACUCACAUUGAUGCCUAUGGAGAGCUUUUUACUUUGAAGGAACUAAAAGAUAUCCUUCUUCCACAGGUUCUCCUGGGCUUGAGAGACACCAGUGAUAUGCUGGUGGCAGUUACUCUUCGUGGCCUGGCUGCCUUAGUCUGUCUGCUUGGGCCUGAGACGGUUGUAGGAGGAGGAAGGGUAAAGAUCUUCAAAAGUACAACGCCGGGAUUUACAAAAAACUCCGACAUCACUCCAGAAGGUUCCCCAGUGCAUUCCCUCUAUAAACAGCAGAUGUUGCUGAAUCAGGAGAAUGUACUUGCUAAAGGCAGUCUCAUGGGGAUCAAGCAAGGCAACCCAAGCACUCUCUUACUCCAGCAGCGCUCCAACUCUUCCAGCACAAUCACAAAUGGGGACCGUUGUUCAUCUGUUCCUGCAUCUGUGAAUGGAAUUACCGACCUCACAAAGUCCAGCGUAACCAGCCAGCAUUCUAUAAACAAGCCGGCAGAAGACUGGGUGGACUGGAGUGAACCAGAGCCGUUGGAGAUGGAGGAGCAGAAUGUGAAAGUGGAGCGAGCAGCAGAGGAAACUAUGAAUCAUAAGCUCCAGGACACUGAACCAUGGGACGACUUUGGCUCAUCUGAUGACAUUACUGAAGCAGCGACUGCUAAAGGUCCAGUCUCUGGUGAAAGCAGCUCCAGUCCUUCUCAUUUAACUUCCAGCCUUCGCUUGGACAGUAACUCGGCUGCUUCAAGGCAGACUAAAGGAACAAACCCACUUGUUUUAACUUAUUCUAAACCCCCACAAGCCAUAGAAAAGAAAUCCGUUGUGGGGUUUGGUCUAGGAGAUGAAUUCACAAUUAAAGUGAAAAGCACAAGCAGAGAUCCCGAGCUCGACUUAUUUGCAGACAUGGCGCCCGAUAUCAAAGUGUCCUCAUCCGUGUUUAACUUGACUACUGGAACAAACGCAAUCCUUGCACAUUCUGAAGAUACUAAAACUGAACAAGAAGGUUCCCAAACAACUGCUUUCUCCUCUAAGUUUGCAGCUGCUGCAGUUCCAGAGGCGGAAGGAGAAGGUUGGGGAGAAGAAAAUGACUUCAGCUGGGAGGAGGAUGCAAAUACCUGGUGACCCUUUCAGGGCGUGCAGCCCAAGUUACGUAAUGAAAAAGUGACACCCUGUGGGACCCGCUAGCAAGAGACUGUGAGGAGUGCGCUGUAUGCAGUGAUAUGAGGGAGCGCUGCAGUCACAUGCACAAGGGCACUUCUUUGAGUAUAGGUGAUACUGUUGGAAUGAAGGAGAUACAUUCACAGAUUUUAUAUCUUACAGAUGGAACUGUUUUAAACUGGGGACACGACACUUUUGUACAAGACUUGGAGCUUGAAUGAAAAAGAUUUAGUUGAAACCCUCUGCCAAUUUCCAUGGUGCCAGGCUUUUUUUUAUGCACAUCCUGAAAUAAUGCCACAAAUUUCCUAUAUCCAGCAGGGAUUGGCAGCCUCUGGCACCCUAGCUAAAACUACAGCUCCCAGCAUACCCCAAGCUUCAGGCAGUGGUGGGAGUUGUAGUUCAGACACAACUAGAGUGCCAAAGGCUGCCUGUAAUAUAUGGUUUUCUGUUUUACGGAGAACAACCUGCCUCAUUUAUCCCCUUGUCCUGCACACUUGUAUCAAACCCGUGAGUAGGGAGGUAAGAUCAAGUGCACAUAAGUGAUUUCUGUGAAUGAACAGCGGAGAGGGAACAUGGACGCCUGUGUGAUGCACUGGUAUGUUCCACGGGCUCUGCUAUACACUCGUCUCUCCUUGCUCUUCUCAUUGCAACUCGGCAAGGGACCAUGGGCCUUAAACAUCCACAUGAAAGGCCUAAGCAGCAGCAGCAGUAUUCUAUUUCAUGUCUAUUCACAUUUGCACCACUGAUUUCACUAAGGAAUAAGUGUUCUCCAAAUUGCAUUAUUAAUAGGGAUACACCAAAUCCACGAUUCGGUUCAGGAUUCGGCCUUUUUCAGCAGGAUUCGGAUUCGGCCAAAUCUGUCUGCCCAGCCGAACCAAAUUCUAAAUUGCAUAUGCAAAUUAGGAGGGGGAAGAAAAUCGUGUGACUUUUUGUCACAAAACAAAGAAGCAAAAAGUGUUUUACCCUUCCCAUCCUUAAUUUGUAUAUGCAAAUUAGGAUUCGGUUCGGUAUUCGGCCGAAUAUUUCACAAAGGAUUUGGGGGUUCAGCCGAAUCCAAAAUAGUGGAUUUGGUGCAUCCCUAAUUAUUAAAUUAGAGCUGUAGCUGUAAAUGCUCCAGGAAAAUUGUGGCUAAUCGCACGUUGGUGCAGCAAUAAGAAACCAGAGGCCAUGUUACUCUCCUUCCUUCUUUCUAUGGGAUUGGAAACCAAAUAGGGGCUCAGUGGGAGGUGAUGAGGGGCUUGUCGUGAACCUGCUGGGUUGGAAAUGGCUGAUUAGAGAAGCCUGAGCUUCAAAAUUCAUAUUUGGGAAAAUACUGCAAAUGGAACUAUAAGAUUAUAUUCAGCUAUAAGUGUGUUUUAUGAUGCAAAUCUAAAAAUAAAGGAAUGCUGAUCCUUGUGGGAGAGA